AUGCGGAAGCGGGUUUUUCUGGACAAUACCAUUGAGUUUCUGCGUGGUCGGGUGUAUUUGGGGGCUUAUGAUUAUACUCCAGAAGACACAGACGAAAUAGUUUUCUUCACGGUGGAAGACAUUUUGUUCUACAAUCGGUUCCAUUUGGACUUUGGUCCCCUUCAUAUUGGCCAUUUGUAUCGGUUUGCAGUGAUCUUUCACGAGAUUUUGAACGAUCCGGACAAUUCGGGCAAAGCCGUGGUUUUUUAUUCGUCGACUUCGACGCGACAACGUGCCAAUGCCGCAUGUAUGCUGUGUUGUUACAUGAUCUUGGUGCAGGCUUGGACGCCGCAUCAAGUUUUGCAACCUUUGGCCCAAGUAGAUCCACCGUUCAUGCCUUUUAGAGACGCAGGUUAUUCGAACGCAGAUUUCGAAAUUUCGAUUCAGGACGUCGUUUACGGCGUGUGGCGUGCCAAAGAGAACGGGCUGGUAGACCUCAAUGCGUUCCAACUCGAAGUUUACGAAAAAUACGAACGGGUCGAAAAUGGAGACUUCAAUGUGCUUACCCCAGAUUUUAUUGCGUUUGCAUCCCCAGUGGAAGAUUCACAGCACAGACUCAGCCACAGUAAAUCGCAGUUGAACGCCCCUUUCCGCAGCGUACUCAAAUUCUUCGUCGAGGCCAACGUUCAGCUCGUGGUCAGACUCAAUUCGCAUUUGUACGAAAAAGCCCAUUUCGAGAACGUGGGCAUCAAGCAUGUCGACAUGAUCUUCGAAGAUGGUACUUGUCCCGACAUGUCCAUCGUCAGUAAUUUUGUCGGUGCUGCAGACACCAUCAUUAAGCAAGGCGGGAAAAUAGCAGUGCAUUGCAAAGCCGGUUUGGGCCGUACUGGUUGCUUGAUAGGUGCCCAUUUGAUCUAUACGCAUGGAUUUACAGCAAACGAGUGUAUUGCGUUUCUCAGAUUCAUACGGCCAGGAAUGGUCGUAGGCCCACAGCAGCACUGGCUUUAUCUCAAUCAAAAUACAUUUCGCGAAUGGAAAUACACCAUGAAACUCGGACUACAACCCAGUGACAUGAUCGGUGGACUUUAUCCACUCGUUUCCCUUGAGGACUACAAAGACCAGAGGAAACAUAAAAAAGCCGUCAAAAACAAGGUAGAUAAUGAAGGCGAUUAUACGCUAGAUGAACAUACAAUGACUCCGCCAGGUAGCAUCGAAAAGAGACCUCUACCUCCAUCUGUGGCAGUUCCGCAAAAUUCUCCUGGUCAGCCACGGAAGGGCCAAAAUGGAUCCAACACCGUUGAAAAUAUUGGGAAAGGUGGGAGACGUAAACCCAUGGACAAUAAUAGCGAUGAUGAGUCUAUGCAGGUCGAUUCCAAUCAAAGCAGUCUGAGAAGCAGCAGAAGAAAGGGCCCACCAUCUGCCGAGGAGAGCGCCGUGCUAAAAGAGCUGAUACCCAAGAAUAGACGCGCGGUCUCGAGUAGUGGUGGAAGGCGAUCCGCGAGUGGAGCGGGCAUCAGAAAGAUCUCUGGAACUACCAAGAGAUAG